AUGGCCAGAUCCAGAAGGGCGCAGCCUGAGUUUUUGGUGGGUCCCCUGUUGGCUAUGACGUCUGUUCUAAUUGGGCCCCGGUCCGUGAUACAGGCCACAGAAUUCUUUAAGGAACCAUCAAACAUAUUUACCCUAACAUUGUGCGACACUGGCGCAGCCAAGUCCGCAGCUUACAAAAUUGCAGUCGAUGAUCCUUUGACUGAAUUGAAUGCUGAAAUUGGAGGACUGGCUGUUCAGGACUAUACACGUAAAGGCCUGAUGCAGCAUUUGGUACAGCAUGGCGGACGUGCCAUAAUAGUAUACCCGGAGAUGUCAGAGUUCCUUGAUUUAGUGCUAAAGAAACAAAACGACCUGUCAGGGGAACGUCAGUUGUAUUGCAAGUUGUUUGAUGGAUCAAAGUGGACGGAUACCCGAAUAGGAAAAGAGAGCAACAGGGUUGUGGUAGACAAUCUUUGCGUUUCUGUCGGCGGUUUCGCACAGCCAUCAGUCUAUCUGGACCAACUGAUGUCCCUGGUUAACAGAAACGAUGGGUUUCUGGAGAGAUUUCUGACCUGGGUUGUGAAACCGCAUCUCCUGAAUUGCGAUGAAGUGCGAAACUGGGGCAAUCGUUUGCAGAAUAUUUCCAUGCAGCAAUUUCAAGGUGAGUACUUUGCGCCAUAAAAAGGCAUAACAUGUGACAACAUUUGCUCAAAAAACGGUUUCUCAAAAAUACACACUAAGUAAUAAAAUAUACAGAUUUAACCAAAUAGUUGACGUCAAGAAUGAUGCAAAAACGAAUUUUUACUCAUCGGAAGCUGAUAUAUCCCGACAAUUAUCAAAUCAAUCGAUCAACUAUUCAACUUGGGAGCAGAGCCUCUUUUUGUCUUCUUGACUGGGGAAUACAAAAAGAAGACUCUGCCUUUAUCGGGGCAAGCCUUCGAAGUCGCCGAAGCACGACAUUCUGGACUAAAAUUUGUCUUCAAUUCGAAUGAAACUUAAUAAAUAGGCUUGGUUUAUUGCGCUAUAACACACACCAUCAAAAAAGGCCAUUAAUAUCCUUGUAUCGAUGAUAAUACUGAAGAAAUUACACAAGUUACUUUUUCCGAAUUCCUCUCUACAGAUAUUUACAAAGUCAUCUGGAAUAAGCAUCAGCAAGGGUGUAUUGUCUACGAGUUUACAGAUGAAGCAUACCAGGUGUUCAGAACCCUUGAUUUUGAAGUCACGCAAACCAUGAAUGAAGCAUGGGAGACUGGUGAAGCUGAAUUCAGUGUCAGCAAAGACAUAAAUUAUUUCCUGAGGUAAAAUUCGUUUUACCGACUACAGCGAGUUAAAAAAAAGAAGAAGAAUGGAUCUACGGCCAAAGCCUUGUACCUCUUAUUAAACGAUCGUUCAAGUAGAUUUUUAUUCCCCCCGUUUUAUUGUACUUAUUGCCCUAUUUUUUCAUUCAUCUUCAUUGACAAAGGAUUUUUUUCAUGUCGUAGAUUCUGCAUAAACCUACAUGUUUUCAACACUGUGGCAAAAGAAUUACUUGACAAUAAAUCGAUGGAGGAUAUUAUAAUUCCCCUAAAAGAGGAAAAGGAGACCGCCAGUGGGGCGUUGGCGCUGGUGCAAUAUUCCCGCGCACAAAAACAGGUGUUUCAAAAGGUACUUCAAUUACAAAGAACUUUUUGCCAUUAUUAAGAGGCCAAGAUCAAUAACAAUUUCGGUUUCUUUUGCUUGUUAGAAUGAAGACUAUGAAAUUCGAAAGAGUUGAAUAUAACACAAACUGGGCCAAACUUUCAUACGCAAAUGUACGCAAAUGUUUGUCUUUUCUCGUUAUAGAAUGGGUCCGCCAACUACACUCGCGAACGUUGUGUUUAUCAGGAGGGGUCUUGAUUACUUCCUCUUUUUAGAAAAGGCGUCUUAAUGAUAAUUAUGAUGACAAUGCUGAUCGUACGACGUAGUAAGGGACGUACUCAAUUACGUAAGGUCUAAAAAAAACCUAGAUAGUUUUUUUUUACGGUAUGCAAAUAUAAACAGUUGUAUGUUUUUAAUAUUUUCUUGAUUAUAAUUGUUUUCUCAGUUUAUCAAAUCCUCGAGGGAGAAGCUGGCUGGUUCCUCCACUUUGGACAGCACAAAAGCAGAGGAAGUCCUAUGUGAACUGGGAAACAAAUUAAUGGCAAAGUGCAGAGGAUUACCAAAGGAAGAGGUAAUCAUGUUAACUCCACAUACUAUUGGUCCUUUUCAAUAGUUCAAAAUUCUGCUGCGAAUUCAAUAAAGCCAUGGCCUGAAACCCAAGAUUCUUGCUCGGGGUUGGAGAGUAGUGGGGAGGAGGGCUGGGAGAUAGUAGCCAAGGGUUGAACUUUUGGGAUAGUGCGUAAAUUUGUUCUAUAGAGUAAUGAAAUGACUAAGUAGUCCUGAACGAGUGGGGUCAAAGUAUUUCGCGGAUCGAUAAAAAAUAUUUAUGAAGUCACCAUUUCUGGUAUCUUAAAGGUUGAAGGGAUGAUUGGCAAAAAUAUCGAGGUAGGUGGUUCGUCUACGCUGGGGUGAAUCAUAUUAAUGAGGCGAGAAAAAUCGUCAGUUAUACCUACUCGAUUGGUUUAGAUAAAGGUUCAAAAGUUUUGUUUUUCUUUUUAUAGUAGCCAGGCCUCGAACCCGGUUUACUGUUCAAUAAUUUUCGUCAACCAGUCCUUAGCACUUGUGAUUACAUUACUGCCCUUAUGUUUGACAUCGAUACCACAAACCCGUGAUUCAGCCUUUAUCAUUAUGGUCCUAAUUUUGUUAAAUGCUAAUUACUUCCCUUCCAUUUCAACAGAUAGACACCUUUAUGCGCCCUAUGACGACAGAGGGGAGGCAGACCGUGAUAAUGGGGAAGGAAAAUUUCCCGCUUGACAUUAGAGAGCGGGAAACCUUACACGCGAUCAUUAAGAAACAUCCUAGUUGGGGAAGACGAGUCAGAAGCGGCGGAUUGGGGGAAAGAUGGAGAGUUGCAUCUGCAUCUAUCCCUCGUCUUUCCCCUCUGAAGUUCGGACCCAAAUUCAAGAAG